AUGAGUUAUCACACCGACGAGGAUCCCAUGGAUCAAGAUAGUUGUACGAGCACGAGCGACGAAGCGAAUCUGCAGCUGGAUCGUGAAUUACAGCAAAGCCAAGGAACCAGUCGCACAGCGACUGAGCCGUCACGGCAAACUAUCCCAGUUGGGAUUUCACCUGUCUAUGUGAAAGGUUGGGACACUACCGAUGCUUUUCGCGAGCUGUAUCAAAACUGCUAA